CAGGCCAGUGCCUCUAAUUAUGAAUUUCCUGGUAAUGGUGUUCGGAAAGCACAGUAUGAAGAGCUGAUUGAACGGUACGAUCCCGUCGCUCGUGUGGCCGCCGCUCAGACUUACAGUCCAUCAGUCGCUGACCCACAAGACUCAUAUUCAGGACAGUCAUACUCACAGCCCUCAUACAGAGCCAGCUCUGGAUCAUCAGCUCCUUCCAGAACUAGAGCACCUCAAUAUCAAAGUGCGAGCAGUAAAGCAGACGAAGACGCCAAGAGAGCUGCCGAAGAAGAGGAGGAGAAAAAGCCGGACAGAUUAGCUCUUCUUCUCGCGGAAUCCAAGUUCUCGUGCGGAGACAAAAAGGACGGAUACUAUGCCGACGAAAGUGUCGGGUGUCAGGUGUUUCACUACUGUGUGGCCGGCGCUAAACACAGCUGGCAGUGUCCCGAGAAUACGGUCUUCCAUCAGAUCCACUUGAAUUGUGUGCCCGCGGCUCAGGAUAUCUGCACACAAUCGUCAAAGUAUCACGUCGUCAACGAUUACUUGUAUAAAGUGAGUGACAAUACAAAUGAUGGCUAUUAUAAUCAGAAUCAAUUAGAGCAAAGGGGACCAAACAAUACCAUUCGCUAUCAUCAACGCUAUUAUCCCGAAGGCUUUGAUUUUGGCGGCGAUGUCUUGUCUCAAGUGCUGCCUCCGAGUCAACCCCAAAGACCCGCCGCUUCUCCCUAUAACUCAUACGACGACGAAGAGUCGUAUCAACCGCGAGGAAACACUCGCUCCCAACCCGACAACUAUCCCUCCUAUCAGUCAUACCCGGCGUCAGCGCCGGCGGCCAGAGCUCAACCCGUUUCGCGUCCAAUCUAUAAGCAACCGGUUGUGAGGACGUCAGCGCCCCAGACAUACAGCCCGUCCUCCUAUUCACCGCAACCGCAGACAAAACCCACGACAAGACCCGUCUCUUAUUCCACGCCUUCCCUAUACUCGACCUCUUUCACCGAUUCGGACUCCGAUUCCAAUUACGAUUCGUAUCCCUCUUCGGGAAGUAGUUUCGCGUCGAGAGACUCUUCAGACUAUUCGUCGUCCGGAAACAGUUACUCCGCUCCGAGUAGUGCCAGCUAUCCGUCCUCCCAAUACUCGGGAUCCGCUCAGAGCUACCCCUCAUCGUCAUCGGCGGGCUCUUCGGCCGCCCUCUCCUCAUACCGACCCAUUCAGGCGGCGAAACCGGCUUCAUAUCCGAGUCGAUCCAUCGGUAUUCCGAUCGCCAGUUUCCGAGUGGCGGCGGCGCCCGCGGCCACAAACUAUGGCUCCUCAGCCCAAGCGAGUCGUGUCCGCGCGUCGGCCUAUCCCUCGUCCACCGGUUUCUCAUUGGGCGCCUUCAAUAGCGAAAUGGCCAGUGGAGUCAAAUACGAUGAGGACUAUUAA